CAGUUCUUGCAAAGACGAGUCGCCAUGGAUGACGUCGAAAAAAAUCAAAACAUUGUGUGCAUUUUAUGCGAGUCGAUUCCUAGCGAUGAAAGCCUUCUUGUCGCAGAUUUGGACUCUACCAAAUUUGCAAAUUGGUGGUUGGAAAGCUUUGACAUUCAGAUGGAUCAGUCGCUGUUAGAAAACAAGUCUGCCCAAAUCUGCAAGUUUUGCAUUUCAGACGCAAGUGUUGCUGAAAAGUCUAGUCAAGUUGAACGUAAAAAUGCCGUGGACUGGUGGGAAAGUAGGCCCUUGAAUUCCUAUGAACAUGAUGCGGCUGUGGCCUCAGCAAGGCCUGGGCCCUUUUGUACUGCUCAUUGUUUCACUAGUCGCCGCAGGCGUUUCAAAUGUCGCCGGUGAAAACCAAAGGGUGGUUUGCUACUACACAAACUGGUCGGUCUACCGACCUGGAACGGCAAAAUUCAACCCCCAAAAUAUCAACCCCUACCUCUGCACCCAUCUUAUCUACGCCUUCGGCGGUCUAACCAAAGAAAACGGCCUCAGACCUUUUGACAAGUACCAAGAUAUUGAACAAGGUGGUUAUGCCAAAUUCAAUGGUCUGAAGAGUUAUAACAAGCAGCUCAAAACCCUGCUUGCCAUUGGCGGCUGGAAUGAGGGCUCAACGAGAUUUUCACCCUUGGUGGCCGACCCUGAAAGGAGGCAGGAAUUUGUUAAGAAUGUCGUCAGGUUUUUGAGAACCAAUCACUUUGAUGGUCUCGACUUGGACUGGGAAUAUCCUGCAUUCAGGGAUGGCGGCAAAGCUAAGGACAGGGAAAAUUAUGCUCUUUUGGUUGAGGAAUUGAGAGCUGAAUUUGACAGAGAGUCGAGCAAAACUGGACGUGAACGGCUUCUUUUGACAAUGGCCGUACCUGCUGGAACUGAAUACAUUGACAAGGGCUAUGAUGUGCCAUCUUUGAACAAAAAUUUGGACUUCUUCAACAUUUUGAGCUACGAUUACCAUUCUGCCUACGAGCCAGUUGUGAAUCACCAUGCGCCUUUGUUUGCUGGUGGUGAUCCAGACAAUGAAUACAAUUUUGAAGCUCAACUCUCUAUUGACCACACUGUUAAACAUUAUAUCAAAUUGGGUGCUGAAGCUUCCAAAUUGGUACUUGGAAUUCCAACUUAUGGAAGAUCUUACACGCUUUUCAACCCUUUGGCCACCGAACUGGGCUCCGCUGCUGACGGUCCUGGUGAGCAAGGUGAUGCCACCAGGGAGAAAGGAUAUCUAGCAUAUUACGAGAUUUGUGAAAGCAUAAAGAAGGACGGCUGGACAGUUGAGAAUCCAAAUCCCACAGACAUGGGCCCUAUUGCUUACAAGGGAAACCAAUGGGUUGGCUACGAUGACGUGGAAAUCGUCAAGACCAAGGCUCGUUACGUCGCCGCCCAGGGUCUUGGAGGAAUCAUGUUCUGGUCCAUCGACAAUGAUGACUUCCGUGGAAAGUGCCAUGACCGUCCUUACCCCCUGAUCGAAGCUGCCAAAUCAGCCCUUAUUGAAUCAUCAAAGCCAAUCAGCGGAGAGACACCUAAAAAGAGCAAGCCUUCGAGCACUGCCAUCGCUGCACGCAGACCGUCCAGACCUCUGACGGCCACUUCUCCGUCUAGGAGUGCAGCCAAACGGCCGCGUCCUGCUUCCACCACAACUACUGAAGCACCAAGGCAAACAAUCACCCCCAUUCCUCCAAAUACAGCUCAUUUGAAUACUCCCGAACCACCUACCACCCCUGAUCCUGGAAGUGAUUUUGUUUGCAAGGACGAAGGAUUUUUCCCACAUCCCAGAGACUGCAAGAAAUACUUCUGGUGCUUGGACAGUGGACCUUCUCAGCUGGGAAUUGUGGCUCACCAGUUCACAUGCCCUUCAGGGUUGCUCUUCAACAAAAUUGCUGACUCGUGUGACUACGCAAGAAAUGUGGUCUGCAAGCCUAAAUCAACAGCAACAACUACAACUACCUCCACUGCUUCUCCACCAACAACGCAAAAGUCUCCUGUUUACAAGCCAUCCACGACGACAACCACUACAACAACCACCACCACCACAACCGCUGCUCCUGAAGAAGAGGAAUAUGAAUAUGACGAAGAAGAGUAUGAUCCUCAAGCCAUCAAAGAUCUUGUUGCCCUCAUUAAGAAAUUAGGUGGAGUUGAGCAGCUUGAAAAGCAGUUUGGUGGCACAAAGGAAGAUAGCAAGGCGCCCGUGGUACCCAAUAUUCCUAAGUCACUUUAUGAUAGAGUACUUGGGGGCAGAACUCGUCCUCAAAGUGGUACUGGAGGCUCAGCUUCUGCAGAGAAGGAAGCAAAAACUAAGCAAGAAACACCAAGAACGACGUCUUCAAAUAGAAGUAGAGGUCCCCAAAAUCAAGGACUGGAAGAUCUUGAAGAAGUCCGUGGACUUAAUAAAGAGAAACCAAAAUACACGGAAAUCAGGAAAGCCAGACCUACUCGUCCUGUUGACGAAGAGGAGGAUGAGGAAAGUGUUGAAGAACAUGACGAGCCAGAAGAGCAGGCUGCCCCAGAAACAAGCGCACCAAGGACAAGGAAACCUUUCACCUCCAACAAGUAUACAAACAUCGUAAGACAGCGACCAUCAACUGCCGCUCCCGUUGAUGAAGAGAUUGAAGAAGAAGUGCCAGUCGAGAAAGAAGUCAAACAGGAAGAGGCGCCUAAGAGGAAGCUGUACGCCUCCUUGAGCCGCUCCAGGUCAACUACGACUGCCGCUCCUGUGCAGGAAGAAGUUGCCGAGGAAGAAGUUGAGGGAAAAACUCAACUUGAGUUUGAAGGCAGCGAUGAAGUCACUAAGCUCCCUCCACAGGAGACCACAACCACUGAGAUUCCCCAAGAAACCGCUACCCCCUCCGAAGAACCCUCCACUUCUAGCCCGACGGGCUUUUUACUGACCAAACGCGUUAGCUCAACUACUGAAAAAUCUAGGGUGUUUGUUGUUAACGCGCAACGGGCCACUGAAGCACCUUCGACGACGUCCACCACUGAAACUCCGACAACUCUUGAUGUGGCUACGACGGAGCCAUCAACUGAGGAAGCGACGACUAUGAGUGCCGCCUCAACUAGUACAGUGACCAGUGUUGUCACCUCAAUCACCGAGUCACCAAUCACCGGCAGGACGAAAAUUAUCAUUAACAAAAAGCAGUUUGUCCUAUUCCCUAGAUCAACCUCUACAAUGGCGCCUACCACUAAAGAAGAGGAGCUAUCGACCGAAAUUUCUUCAACCAGCUCAACCACUACAACAACCACCACCACAGAAGCUCCUACGAGCAAAAUCAGAGGCACCACAAUCAGAUUUAAGAGGCCACCUCUGAGAAUUAAGUCAGAGGAAAAACCUUCCUACCGCAAACAGCUUAUCAGAAAGCGUCCCCUGAAGACGGAAAAGAGCACAGAGGAGCCAGAAGUGAAAGAGGAGGUUUCCACCCGGAGAAGUUUUGUUCGCCAACGAUACAAUUACUCGGCAAUUGUCAGCACCACUGAGGAAACUGUUGCUGAUUUCACACCAAAGAGGAAAAGUUUCAAACCCAGCAGCAGAGGUCGAAUCACAUUUUCAUCUUCCGAAGAAUUGGCUGACGAUGCGUCGCCCCCCAGCAGUGAAAGACCAAGGUUCGCCGUUUCCAGAAGGAGACCGACCACAAGCACAACUGAAAGCUCGGCCAGUUCAGACGAGCCUACCUCAAGAAGGACACAGUCUAGGCGCAAAUAUUUUACCACAGAGGCCCCAACCUCUGGCGAGGUUUCCUCCAGAAGGCCCUCGAGAGUCAACCGAGUCCGUCGGCCGCAAAUUAGCACUGCCAGUACUACCUCAACCACUGCUCCUCCGGCGACCAUUUACUCCGAGGAAUUCACAAGUGAGACUUUUGAACCGACCACAUCUCUGCCACUGUUCACCGACAAAGAGGCGGAAGUGUCCAAUCCCCCAAGACGAAAAACCGUCGUGUUAAUCAGAGGCAGACCGUCCUCAACCACAGUCCAAUCUGUGGAUUCGCAGUACGACCCUUACUACGCCACCAAUCCGGACGAGUUCUUCCUACUGUCCAGCUCACAAACCGGCCCAGACGCCUCUGUCGAAGAAGAGAAUGUAAUUGGCACAUUUGCUGAUGAGGCACCUGCCACUGUGAGACCCACCUCCAGGCCACUAUCAAGCAUAAACCGCAGACCUUUCCAGGGUUCUUCAAGGACAAGGACGAGAACCACCACUGCUGCUCCUUCGAGCACUACCAGCCCCAUCCUGGAGACUGCCGAUGAUUACACCACCAAGGCUCCCCGACAGAGAUUUGUCGUCAGGCGCAAGUUUAGACCAACCACAAAGGACAUCAUUCAGAAUUCCGAAGGCAAAGAAUCUCAAUUUGCAACCGCUCCCGAGGCCAGCAGCAUCGCUCCAAGGCGCAACAAUAAUUUCCUGCGUCGGGCCAAAAUCAGCGCCAGCACUACUUCAGAGGCACCUAUCCCAAGUACAGCAGCUGACGUAGGAGAGACUUCUGCCCUAGUAGCGGAACCCUCUCCUGCCCUUUAUUUCUCAAAACAACCCACAGAGGAGUCUCCCAUUACUGAGAAAAUUCCCUCAACUGGCCCUGCCCGUGAUUAUUCUGAUCUGGCCAAUGUUGAUGUGUCUGCUCUGACUCAACUUGCAACUCCUUCACCUUCAAUUUCUGAUGAGCUGAAUGUUGACCAUCUGGAUGCCGACUUCCCUGACCCUGAAGCUGCCCCUGCUCCAAUUGUUCGCACAACUGCUGCCCCAGUAACCACAACUGCUGCACCCAUUAGACAGCGCGCCCAACGACCUUCGUCUGCGGUCAGAGAGCAAAUACCCAAAGAGCAGAAGCCCUUCACCAAAAUUAACAGAGGCAGUGUCAAGUCACAACAGACCCUUGCCCCGGCAGUGCCUUUCACACAAACCGUAACUUAUAGACAUCAGGAGCCAGCGAUUCACCAGUCAACCUACGAUUACUACGACUCUGAGCCUGACACAGUAGGCCAGCCAAAUUACUCAAACAAGGUGAAAAUUCACGAGGACGGCAGUCUUGAGUGUUUGGACAGGGGUAACUUUGCCCACCCCUUCUCUUGCCGCAAGUUCAUUUCUUGCGCCUUGAUGGAGAACGGCGCCCUCCUCGGCUGGAUCUACACCUGCCCAAGGCACCUGGCCUUUGACCCCAUUGGAGGAAUCUGCAACUGGUCGGGCGGAUGCAAAGAGUAAAAGCAACAAUGCCAGUGAAAUCUGAACAA